CCGAGUGUUGGAGCCGUCAAUUGGCCGUCAACGGCGACUUCCUUCUGUGUCUGAGCCCUGCUGCCUCUUUGUUGCCGUGCCAUGAGCAGCCUUCUGGAGCCGUCCGUGAGUGUCCGAUUUGCCUCGUCGGCCCUCUCGCGAUUUGGGUACCUGGCGCGCUGUGCCCAUGUCAUCGAACAGACUGCGGGGUGGCCGAUGAUGGCCACACUCAUCAAGGCGGCGAGUGCGUGUGGUCAGGCUGGCCAGAUGCCCUUGGUGCUGUCGGCCGAGUGGCUGGCGGGUGUCCUGCCUGACAAGGCCAGCUUCCAUCGGCUGCCUAUUGCGAUGGCCGUCUACAAGACGCUGGGCCAUCCGCUGGCAGAGGGGCUUCGGCUGACGGAGUUUUAUCACAAAAAGGAGAUCCUUGUCGCCCGUGUCCUGCUUGCGGCAUCCUACAUCGUCUUCCUCAUCGUCUUCCUCCUUUUCCUCGGAGCGAUCGGUUAUAUCUGCGUCAUGCUGAUGAUACCGUUAACGUUCCGCAUCAGGGAUUUGCUUCAGGAGGAGAAUCAGCUGGGGGAUGAGGUGUUGGUGUGUCGGUGCCUCAUUGACACCAUUCCUAUCAGCGCCUCAUCCCGUGUACGGCUCGUGGUGGUCCUCUUAACAAUGAAUUACGUCAUCGCACUGACCUUGGGGGUCUGCUUAACAAGCACAGCCGUGAAGGCCAGCUGCGCAGCAGGACUGUGGUGGCAAAACCUCACAGCACUACCGCAUCGGCGAGAGAACGUUUCGCGUCAUCGGUCAGCGCGAGGAAUCCUGUUGCGGCGAAUGGAGGUAUUCCGAGAGCGACCCGCCCGUCAACUCAAAGGGCCGCAUCUAUCGCUCAUUCAGCGCACUCGCCCUUGACGCACUGAUGGAAGUCGCAUCUUUCAGCCACAGGACGGUGGUCGAGGCCGAAGUGGGCCGGAGCCAUGUCGGCUAUCAGCGCUUCGUGUGUGAUCCCUUGACGAGCGGCCAACUCGAUUCGUCGGUUAUCGAUUGGCGAGCGGCAGAGGUGGGGACAGUCCGCAUGGUGGUGCUGCUGGUCGGUGGCCUCUCUGUGGUGGCCUCCGUAUCGCUCUGUGGCGGACGCGUCAUGAUCAAGACGACUGAGAGGGAGGCGGUGGGCGGCUCGUCUGUCGAUGAGCGGUUCCCUCUCACGAUGGCUGCCGUCCGGCAGCUGCUGAUGCGAUUUGGACUCGAAGACAACACGGUCGGCCCACUGCAACCUUGACUGACCGUCACUUCGGUGGGCGGCCUGGAUGUGUGUGGGGGAACAAGAGAUGGGGUGAGAGAGGGGGCUGCUCGGUGUGCUGGGGGUGCUGUCACGUCUGGAUCGACGGAUUGCGACUGAAGGAAUGCGUGAU